GCAGGAGGAGGAGUAUAUAGAGGAACACAGGGGUCUGUACAAGGACGUGAUGAUGGAGAAUCACCGGCCCCUCACAUCACUGGGUACAACUUCUGUCUGAUAUUAAAACAGAAAAUGUAGAGGGAGAAGAAGAGACGUAUGUGACUGAUAUAAAGGCAGAAGAUACAGAGGAAGAAGAAGAGACGUAUGUGACUGAUAUAAAGACAGAAGAUAUAGAGGGAGAAGAAGAGACGUAUGUGACUGAUAUAAAGGCAGAAGAUAUAGAGGGAGAAGAAGAGAUGUAUGUGACUGAUAUAAAGGCAGAAGAUAUAGAGGGAGAAGAAGAGACGUAUGUGACUGAUAUGAAGGUAGAAGAUAUAGAGGGAGAAGAAGAGAUGUAUGUGACUGAUAUAAAGGCAGAAGAUAUAGAGGGAGAAGAAGAGACGUAUGUGACUGUUAUAAAGGCAGAAGAUAUAGAGGGAGAAGAAGGGACGUAUGUGAGGGGUGAUCAGCAGUGUAAGGAGGAGGAGAUCCCUACAGAUAUCAGCACAGCAGAUGGACACACAAGCAGGAAUAUCUCAGAAGGACAUCUAAAGUUAUCCCCGGAUUGUGACAUAAAAGAUAAUGACAGUAGACAGGAUUCUCCAGGAGCUAACCCCAUUACCCCAAUUAUACAUCCAGCUCUAUCAGCUGGUCCCUCUGAUCCUGGGAAAUGUUCUCCUGAUCACUCUGAUAUUGGUGCAUCUGUUACAGCUCUGAGAGUAGAUACAGUGUUUCCCUGUCCUAUAGAUGCCAAAUGUUUUACACAGAACACAAAACGUAUUACCCAUCAGCCAGCUAAGGCAGGACAGAGGCCAUUUUCAUGUUCUGAGUGUGGGAAAUGUUUUACAUACAAAUCACUUCUUGUAAGACAUGAGAGAAGUCACACAGGAGAGAAGCCAUUUCCAUGUUCUGAGUGUGGAAAAUGUUUUAUACAAAAAUCAGCUCUUGUUAUACAUGAGAGAAGUCACACAGGUGAGAAACCAUUUCCAUGUUCCGAGUGUGGGAAAUGUUUUACACUGAAAUCACAUCUUCUUAGACAUGUGAAAAUCCAUACAGGUGAUAGGCCAUUUCCAUGUUCUGAGUGUGGGAAAUGUUUUAUAGAUAAGUCACAUCUUGUUAGACAUGAGAGAAGAAGUCAUACAGGUGAGAAACCAUUUCCAUGUUCUGAGUGUGGGAAAUGUUUUCUAGAGAAAUCACAUCUUGUUAUGCAUGAGAGAAAACACACCGGUGAGAAACCAUUUCAAUGUUCUGAGUGUGGGAAAUGUUUUGUACAGAAAUCAUAUCUUGUUACACAUCACAGAAGUCACACAGGUGAGAAGCCAUUUCCAUGUUCUGAGUGUGGGAAAUGUUUUAUACAUAAGUCACAACUUGUUAGACAUGAGAUAAGUCAUACAGGUGAAGAACCAUUUCCAUGUUCUGAGUGUGGGAAAUGUUUUAUAGUUAAGUCACAACUUAUUAGACAUGAGAGACAUCACACAGGUGAGAAGCCAUUUCCAUGUUCUGAGUGUGGGAAAUGUUUUGUACAGAAAUCAGAACUUGUUACACAUGGGAGAAUACACACAGGUGAGAAACCAUUUCCAUGUUCUGAGUGUGGGAAAUGUUUUAUACAAAAAUCAAAUCUUGUUCGACAUGAGAGAAGUCACACCUACAAAGGGCAAGGCUUCAGCGUUACCAUCCAACAUGGGGGAAGCUUUCUCUCUGACCUCUCAAUACACAACGUAUCCUGAUCCCGGCUCUAUGUGACCUCUCACAUCUAUCACUUGUGUCACAUUACAUCUCAUACCUGUAGUUUUAUGUUUCUGUUGUUUCCCUGUUACCUGUUCUGUAAGAUCACCUGCUCUCAUUGUGUGGAUGGGGGAGG